UCGUAUGUAUCCAUGUUAUACGUGUACUAUAUACUGUUGGCUUACAUAUAAAUAGAUGCUAAAGAAUAAUACACAUUUUGUAUUAGAAAUUAAAAAUGUUAGGUGUGGUUAUUAAAAGGACUAUUACGCGAUUAGAUUUACGAAACUUGUAUGUAUCCGUAGCAUAUAAUAAUUGUAUAUUGGGAAUGAAAGGAUAUCAAUCUAAAGAAUUAAUAUUGCCAUCUAUAACCUCCAAAGGAAAUAUAAUAUAUAGAAAUUUUUCACAAAAUGAAAAGAAUAUGAGAAAAAUAGUUUUACCACAGCUCAUACCUGGUCCGAUUUAUAUCACACAAUCUUUUUUUAAUUUCAUCAAAAUACAAUGGUAUGAAGUAUGUAUACCAUUUAUAAUAAAGGAUUCAGAUUUUAAGAUUAAGGAUAUUAUGGAGUCUGUUAAAAAAGCUGCAUCAAUGGUAUCCAUAGCAUUAUCAAAUAAAGAUUAUGAUUCAUUAGAAAAUCUUGUAGAUGAUUAUGUAUUAGAUAUCUUAAAAUUAAAAGUGAAUACAUUAACAGAAGAGGAAAGAAAACUUAUUGCUAUGACAGAAGAAAAUAUAUUAUUAUGCUUGCCUUAUAAUAUUAAAUGCUCAAUAGAAUCAGAAGAAAAGAAAACAGUAGAAUUGGAAUUUAUUAUACAUUACUUACCAGGCAUUAAUAUUAAGGAAGAAAUUAAAAGCCAGAGGUUUAUUAAUUUUAUAAAAACUGAUCAUAAGUGCGUAAGCAAUUACACAUUUAAACGAGAUUAUAUGCAGGACAGGGAUACUUAUUGGACGAUCAAACAUCUUAAUCACUCUGAAAUGUAUGUAGGGAGCUAAUUUAAUCAUCAUUUAAUAGCUAAAACCAUUAUAAUAAAAAGAAAGAGAAAAAAAUAAAUCAUUAGAUUGUAGGGG